AAUGCCAGGAGGACCGGAGCAGAGCUGGAUGGUGGGUUGGGGCCGGAGGACUUGGUAGGACCCCUCCUGCGGGAUGGGGAACGCGUUGGGUCUGGGAGUUGGGGUGCGCAGGAGCCCCCGACGCGAGGAGCCACUGCCCAACCCGGGGAGCUUUGACGAGUUGCAUCGCCUAUGCAAAGAUGUGUUCCCGCCACAGAUCGAGGGCGUGAAGCUCAUCAUCAACAAGAACCUGAGCAGCCACUUCCAGGUGACCCACACCGUGCACAUGAGCACCGUGGGCCAGUCUGGCUACCAUCUCCACGCCGCCUAUGCCGGGGACCGACAGCUUGGACCCAACGAGGCGUUCCCCACGUUGGUCGGGGACAUGGACAGCAGCGGUAACCUCAACGCCCACGUCCUGCACCUCGUCGCCGAACGCCUCCGGACCAAGGCCGUCUUUCAGACCCAGCAGGCCAAGUUCCUGACCUGGCAGUUCGACGGGGAAUACCGAGGGGACGACCACACGGCCACCCUGACGCUGGGGAACCCGGAUCUGCUGGGGGAGUCGGUGAUCGUGGUCGCUCACUUCCUGCAGAGCUUGACGCGCCGGCUGGUGUUGGGCGGGGAGCUGGUAUAUCAUCGGCGACCGGGCGAAGAGGGGGCCAUCCUGACGCUGGCCGGGAAGUACUCGGCGCCAAGGUGGGAGGCGACGCUUAACGUGGGGUCGGGCGGCGCCCACGCCAGCUACUACCACGGGGCCAACGAUCAGGUUCAAGUCGGGGUGGAGUUCGAGGCCAACACCCGGCUGCAAGACACGGCCUUCUCCUUCGGCUACCGGCUGACCCUGCCCCAGGCCAACGUGGUGUUCAGAGGCCUACUGGACAGUAACUGGUGCGUGGGUGCGGUGCUGGAGAAGAAGCUGCCGCCCCUGCCCGUCACGCUGGCCCUCGGCGCCUUCCUCCACCACGGGCGCAACCGGUUCCACUGCGGCUUCAGCGUCACCGUGGGCUGACGGGGAGCGGGGCCGGGU